AUGACAAACCUUCAGCCGCCCAAGACAGUUAAAGAUAUCAGAAGCUUCCUAGGACAUGCUGGGUUCUACAGGAGGUUCAUUAAAGAUUUCUCACAGAUAGCAAGGCCGCUAACACGCCUAUUAUGCAAGGAUAUUAACUUUGAGUUCACAGAGGAGUGUCACAAGGCUUUCACUAAGAUCAAGGAUGCAUUGGUCAGUGCGCCAGUGGUUCAACCUCCAAACUGGGAACUACCUUUUGAGAUAAUGUGUGAUGCAAGUGAUUAUGCAGUAGGAGCAGUGCUUGGGCAAAGAAAAGACAAGAAGCUACAUGUGAUCUAUUAUGCCAGCAGAACGCUUGAUGAGGCACAAUGCAAGUAUGCCACAACAGAAAAGGAGCUUCUAUUGUCUUUGCAUUUGAGAAAGUUUCGAUCAUACUUGGUGGGAUCGAAAGUUAUAGUUCAUUCUGAUCAUGCAGCAUUAAGGUAUCUCUUAUCUAAGAAAGAUGCCAAGCCAAGAUUGCUGAGAUGGAUACUACUAUUGCAAGAAUUUGAUCUUGAGAUCAAGGAUAGAAGAGGAGCAGAUAAUGGAGUAGCUGAUCACCUUUCAAGGAUGAGAGUUGAAGAAAAUCUACCUCUUGAUGAUAGGCUACCUGAAGAAACAGUUUAUGCAGCUGAAGCUAGCAAUAAGCAUGGACAACUAAGCCAUCACAGGCCAGGAACAAAGAUCUCAUCAUCAAACACACCAUGGUUUCGCCACAUAGCAAACUUCCUUGCAGCUGAAUACCCACCACCAAACUUCUUUGGCUACAGAAAGAAGAAAUUUCUGCGUGAUGUAAGAAGUUCUAGCUAUGCAGGCCACUUUGCCACUUACAAGACAGUAUCCAAGGUCCUACAAGCUGGAUUUUGGUGGCCAACUAUGUUUAAGGAUGCUCAUGCAUUCAUAUCAAGAUGUGAUGCUUGCCAAAGAAUGGGAAAUAUAAGCAAGAGGAAUGAGAUGCCACAGAACUUUAUACUAGAAGUUGAAGUUUUUGAUGUUUGGGGCAUUGACUUUAUGGGACCCUUCCCAACCUCUUUUGGUGACCAAUACAUUCUAGUGGCAGUUGAUUAUGUCUCCAAAUGGGUGGAAGCCAUCGCCAGCCCUACUAAUGACGCACAAGUGGUCAUCAAGAUGUUUAAAUCCAUCAUUUUUCCAAGGUUUGGAGUGCCUAGGAUAGUCAUAAGUGAUGGAGGUUCACAUUUCAUCAACAGAAUCUUUGCCAACCUUUUGAAGAAGCAUGGAGUUACUCACAAAGUUGCCUCUCCUUACCACCCCCAAACUAGUGGACAAGUUGAGAUCUCAAACAGAGAACUCAAGAGCAUACUUCAGAAGACAACAGGCAAGACAAGAAAGGAUUGGAGUGCCAAACUAGAUGAUGCUCUAUGGGCAUACCGCACUGCCUUCAAAACACCACUUGGUACCACCCCCUUUCAUCUUGUUUAUGGUAAAGCAUGUCAUUUACCUGUGGAGCUGGAGUACAAAGCAGCUUGGGCUAUUAAGGAGUUGAACUUCAACCUAAAGACAGCAGGAGAAAGAAGAUUGAUUCAGCUGAAUGAGCUUGAUGAGAUUAGGCAUCUAGCUUAUGAGAAUUCAAAGAUCUAUAAGGAGAGAACCAAAGCUUUCCAUGACCGCAAGAUCAUCCCAAAGAACUUUGCGCCAAACGACCAAGUUCUACUAUUCAACUCAAGGUUGAAACUCUUUCCAGGAAAGCUUCGCUCAAGAUGGUCAGGACCAUUCAGGAUUAAAGAAGUUCGCCCCUAUGGAGCAGUGGUACUAUGGGACCCAAUGGGAGGAGACUUUACAGUCAAUGGACAAAGGUUAAAACCCUACCUAGCUUCCACCACCAUACCACAGGAGACCACACUGCGCUUGGCGAUCCACCAGAUCCUUAAGGAAGUGCCAUACAGUCAAGCUAAUGACUUUAAACAAAGCGCUGAAUGGGAGGCAACCCAUUGA